AUGCCUCCCAAACGAAGGGUCCGUGGCGAUGACGAUGAGGUGCCAUCCCUCUUGACGCAAAGGGGUGCUGCCGUCAGAGCAGACCUGCCUCCGUUGGCAUCGCGACUCGACACAUCUUACGGGUCUGCACCUUCCACGGUUUUGCGGAAUACUCGCCGGGGUCAACAACGCAAUUUGCAAGACAUCAUCAAGGAAACACUACACGACAGCGACGAUCCCGAUGACGCGGGCGACCCAGAUGAUGAUGACGACGACGACGACAACGACAACGACAGCGACGGCGAUGCCAGCGCGAGUAGUAGUGAAAGCAGCAAGAGUAGCACCAACCAACAGCCGCCGCCUCGACGCACCAGGCGCACAAAGUCGCCAACUCCUAAACCAGCGCCAAAGUCGAAGUCAUCACGCAGGGUGCAGCCGAGUCCCGAUCCAGACCCGGACCCGGACCCGGGAUUCGAGCCAGGCUUUGGUCCAGGUCGAGAAUCAUCAGAUCCACCCGAACCAUCGAGGGAUGCGACACCAGAUCCGCCCGUCAUCCGGCGCUCACCGCGGCGUCAAUCUCCAGCCCGAAUUGCUCCUUCGGUCGAACCUCCCUCAUUUCAGCAAGACGCUCCCCUUCCGCCUCAGCAACUCCUACCAGGCGCUGCGCCUCCGAGAGGGCCAUUCUCAUCAAAUCGACAGUCCAUGACCAGAAGAGCCAGUUCAGAAGGUCCCACUCAAGGUCUCACGCCUGCAAGACGGGCCCUUCCUGCUGCGAGCUGGAACUCCGUCUUCGCUCGAGCCAUCUCCGAAGAGCCCUAUUCUCAGUCUCGCUCUCGGUUUGCCCAACAACAGGACCCACCGGAGCCGACCCCGACACCGGACUCAGUCCGUACCUUCGGCCAGGAAAGCUCACUCUUCGGAGGUGCCGACAUUGGCUCGACCCCGUCGCAAUCCUCCUCAUCGGAGCGUGAUGAUCGCAUGCGCUCCAUUGAGGAGAUUGAGGAACCCUCUCCAUUUAAGGAAGAGACGGGAGGCAUAAAUCCCUUCAGUCCAUUAAGGCGCUUAGCACGCGAUCCCCGACACAACUCGGCAAUGCCGCCACGAAAUUUAAGCCACGUAGACCGUCACCAAGGUGUCGUCCAGGCCCCGAUCACUACGGUUUCUGAUAGACCUCCUCCGGAGGUGCUGCCUUUGCCCUCCCAAGGUACCUUCCGUCCGCCUCAAAGGGAGCCACCGAGCACGCCGCCCUCGGACCGUCUUCGACCUCGCAGCAGCAAAUCACCUCACUAUGUUUCGCCUGCUCGCCGUAUUGCGCAAUCUCCUGCUAAGAGAGACGCACCAGCCUCGGCAGCAAGUUCGCGUCAGCUUCCAGCCAUCCAAGCUUCGCUGUCACCUUCCCCUGCUGCAAGGUCCAACUCGACUCUUAUAUCAAGUCGUGUCAGCGAGGAGCCAUCUCUCAACCAUAGAUCCCCACAAGCCUCUUCGUCUCGUAACUCUUCGCCUCGCAAGCCAGCCCAGCCCGCCAAGCUUGAUGCUGCUCGGCGAGUUCCAGCAUCGCUGGCUGCCGAUGAGAAUCCGGUAUCAUCUCGCUCCCUGUUCGGUGACCCCCCGCCCGUCAAUGGCAACUCAGCACCGCCUCGCUCCGUCAACAUCGAUACGCCAGCUAUCAGAGUAGUACCUCCACGCCCCAAUGAGGGUGGAAAUGGCUCGUCGCGACACUCUGGUACAAGCAAGCUUUUUCAAUAUGGGCAAGGUCAAACGGCAUCUUCUCAGGGCGGGUCUGGCAUGUUCAGCACUGAAAUGCUCCCUAAUGAGGGUGGAAAUGGCUCGACACGAUACCCUGGUACAAGCAAGGUUUUUGAAUAUGGGCAAGGUCAAGCGGCACCUUCUCAGGGCGGGUCUGGCAUGUUCAAUACUGAAAUGCGAGCAAAGAUACAGGAAGAGCAUCGACAGGAAAGGGCGCGGCAGGAAGCACUUCGAAAGGAGCGCAAUGCCCGUUUGAAGGCUUGGCCACGGGUUUACAACACAGUAUAUGAAUGGACCAAUGUCCCUCGCCCUGAUAGCCCCGACAGAGAGGGCGGAUACAGUUCCGAUUCGGACGGAUACACCAAUUCAAUUGCAACCUCGCGACAGGUCCCCUCGAGCGAGUUUUCGUGGGCGGAUUGGAUUUUGUUCAAGAUUGCCGACACGUUCGUGGACUUGCUAAACUUUCUCUUUGCCCCAGAGUCUUGGCUUUUCAGGGCUUCGCUCGGUAUCCUGCUUCUCUCACUCCUGAUCUGGGGCGCCCUGACAGGACUGAACUCCACGCCGGCUCUUGGACUAGGCGGUGUCCAAUGGUACGGUCUGUCAGACUUCUCACACAACCUGGGGCAAUUUGUACCACUCUGGAUGUCGCGGCCGGCGACGCUCUUCAGCGACAAUGAUGCCAGAGAAUACGUUCGGCAACAACGCAACCACGAAUACGAAAUCACCAAGUUGACAACGGCCACCAAGCUUCAUGAGGGAUCCCUGUCGCGCUUGAUGCAAAUUCUGCCCAAGGUUGUGCACAUGAAGCUGGAUAAAAACGGACGGCCCGUUGUGGGAGAGGGAUUUUAUCACGCGCUGCGUGACCUCAUGAAGAGUGACGCCGAAGUCUUGACGCUGAGCCGGGGCCAUGGUGGCUAUUAUUUUAUCUCCGAUGAGACCUGGUGGGCUAUCAAGUCCAGGCUCCAAAAGGAUCCCGUGUAUCAGAGUGCUUCCUCGCCGCCUCCGCCAGGACUAUCGACUACGGACGUUGAAAACAUUUCCCAGUCCAAGUUUGACAAGAACUGGGAGAGAUGGCUCACCAACAACAAGAAGAAAGUCGCCAAGAUACUUGAACCCGAGUUUAGCUCGUCCCUUCCAGACAAGAUUGGCGGGGAUCUCGAAUCCAAGAUUGAGAAGUUCGUCAAGGACCGAUUCAAAAACAAGGACACCAAGGACGUCGUGGUUACCCGGGAGGAAUUCAUUCGCCAUCUCAAGGGCGAGUUUGCUACCCACCGGAACGAAGUCAAGGCUGAAGCGCAAGAAAUGCAGAAGAAGCUGGAGCACUACAUCAAUGAAUCGGUCGAGGCCGUUCUGAAGAAAACGCCGCCCACGGGCGUUACUCGGACCGAGAUGAUUUCAGUAGUUGACGGCAUGAUCCGACAGGCGAUUGCGAAUGCCGGACUGGAAGCACUAGCGCAAGGCAAGAUUGGGGCGACCUGGGGCAGAGAACUUCGUCAUCAGGUCAACUUCUUGGCCCAUGGUAGCGGUGUGAUUGUGGAGGCUACGCACUCGACCCCGGAUUAUGUGCCUCCCAUCAACGGAAAAGUAGGCACCGCAAGCUGGCUCAGGCAAACGGCGCGGGGUCCCCGCAUCAACUCUAAGUCUGCAACGUUGUUCGGAUGGGAGGACGAAGGCGACUGUUGGUGUGGCAAAGUUGUUGUGGGCAGGGAUGGGAAGGAAGAUGGUGUCAGAGUCGGCUACAUCCUCAGCCGGGAGAUCGUCCCCCAGCACAUCGUCGUCGAGCACAUUUUGCCCGGGGCUACGCUGGACCCUAACGCCAGGCCAAAAGACAUUGACAUUCUGGCUUACAUCACCGAUCUUCACACGCGCAACCGCGUUGCAGACUUUGCCGCAACCCACUUUCCGGGCAGCAAGCUUUCUGACGGCUGGGUCAAGAUUGGUCAAUUUAUAUACGAGAGCAGCGACACGCUCAACGGAGUACACGUACAUAGGCUCAGUCCUGAGCUCCAUGCUCUGGGAGCCUUUACGGAUCAAAUCGCUCUCCACAUUACCAGCAACUACGGCUCGGAUCAUACCUGCCUUUACAGAGCUCGUCUCUACGGAGUGGAGAGGGAGGAUUGA